AUGAGUUACCAGAAUUUAAUACUUCAGAAAUACAAAGGAAUGGUUCAAAGAAGGAACGAUUGGAACACAGAAACUGUGGAAUUUUGCUAUGGAUCUGUGAAUGGAUCAUGCGCAAAAACAAUCCAAUCAACUAGUGUCCGUGUCACACUUUAAUACUUGUUAGCAAUUCUGGUCACUUUAUUUGGUAACAUGUUAGUGAUCAUUUCAAACUCACACUUCAAACAGCUCCACACACCCACCAAUUACCUUGUUCUCUCAUUGGCUUUUAUCUUGGUGGGAUGCUUAAUUAUGCCUUAUAGCAUGGUCAGUUCAAUCGAAACAUGUUGGUAUUUGAGAGAAUUGUUUUGCAAAUUUCACACAAGUUUUGAUGUUAUGUUAUCUUCACAAAAAACCCUGGGAAUAGUGAUGGGCGUAUUUCUCUUUUGCUGGUCUCCAUUUUUUGUCUGCAAUAUUUUGGACCCUUUUAUAAGAUACUCAACUCCACCUGUUCUGUUUGGUGCCCUAGUCUGGGUUGGUUACUUAAAUUCUACAUUCAAUUCCAUGCUGUAUGCAUUCUUUUACUCCUGGUUUAGAAAAGCUCUGAAAACCAUUUAA